UAGGCUUCCCAUCAGAGAAGGUUUGGUUUUUAAGCAUCAGAUUGGAGGGCAGUGAUAGUUCACUGGUAAAAUUCUCACCUUCCAUGUGUGAAACCUGAUUCUAUGCCAGUGCACCGUAAACACAGCCACCACUUACCUGUCAGCAGAGGCUUGCAUGGCGUUGGUUUGCUGAACAGGUUUCAGAAGGGCUUCCAGCCUUGGACAAAUGGUAUAGCUUUAAGCAGCAUAAGUGAAAGUUAACCUACAUGCAUUAGAAUAAGACUUUUGCAGAGGAACAUCGUGCAGCAUGGAUUCCUUGGCAGAAGGAUUUCUUGGCAGAGAUUCCCUUGUGGAGGAACAGACUAAGGAGGAAACUGAGAAUAAGUUAGAAGAGUCGAUUGAUCAACUGGACAAACUGGAAGAGGAUACAGCUACCGAUCUUGUCUCUAUGAACCUGCUAUUAGAAAUGAAGAGGUUAUUGAAUACCAUUAAUGCUUUACCAAAAGGAGUGGUUCUGCACAUUAAGAAGUUUUUACAAGAAGAUUUUUCCUUCCCAAUUAUGCAGAGAGAUGUAGCUAGCAGUCAGAAAGCGGCAGGAAGUGCUCCUCCGUUGACUUUAAACAUCUUGAUAACACAGCUAGAAGUAGCACUGAAGGACAUUCAAGUUACAGAUUACAUGGCACACCAUAUUAACAUUGGCUAUUACUUGACAUUACUAUUUUUAUACGCCGUGGCACUCACUGAAAGAGGAACGAAAGAGGAUUAUGUAGAAGCUGAAAGUAAAUUCUUGUUGAUGAAGAUAACCAUCCAAGAAAACAAAAUUUGUGAAAACUUCAUGUCUUUAGUUUACUUUGGACGUGGCUUACUUCGGUGUGCUCAGAAAAGAUAUAAUGGAGGACUGCUAGAAUUUUAUAAAAGUUUACAUGAAAUUGAAGAUCCAAGUGAUUAUUGGUUUGACAUAGAUCCAACAGAAGACGACAAUUUACCUACAACUUUUAAGGAUCUUCUUAAUAAUUUUAUCAAGACUUCUGAAAGUAAUAUCACGAGGCAGGCUAUUUGCAGCUAUCUAGAUUGUGAGAGAUCUUGUGAAGCUGACAUUUUACAGAACACAACUUACAAGGGAUUUGUACAAUUAAUGUGCAGUAAAAGUUGCUGUAUUUAUUUUCAUAAAAUUUGUUGGAAACGGUUCAGAAAUUUAAAAUAUCCAGGUGAAAAUGAUCAGAAUUUUAGUGGGAAAAAAUGCUUGAAGGAAGAAUGUGCUGGUGAUAUUGUAAGAAUGCUAGAAUGUGAUAUACCUGGGAUUGUUAAAAUUUUGUUUGAAGUUGUGAGAAAGGAUGAAUAUGUAACCAUUGAAAAUUUAGGAGCGAGUUAUAAAAAAUUCAUGUCUCUGAAAAGAAGUGAGACUGAUAGGCAACCGAAGAUCAGUUUAAAUUUUAGUACAAAAGAUGAUGAAAUGCCUAUCUUCAAACUUGACUAUAAUUAUUUCUAUCAUCUGCUUCAUAUAAUUAUUAUUUCUGGUACUGACAUUGUCCGACAAAUAUUUGAUGAGGUUAUGCCACCAUCUCUUUUGAAAAAAAAGCUUCUCAUACACAGAAAUGUGCUGGAACCAUACUACAACCAUCUUUGGACCAAUCACCCUUUGGGUGGAGCCUGGCAUCUACUUUACCCCCCAAACAAGAAGCUACCAAAGUCCAGACAGUUUGAUUUAUACCUCCUAUUAGCUCUCAUAAAACAUUUGAGUAUAUUCCCCGCUCCCCAAAAAGGCUGGAAUAUAGAACCACCAUCCUCCGAUCUCUCUAAGUCUGCAGACAUCCUGAGGCUAUGCAAGUACAGAGAUAUCCUCCUUAGUGAGAUUUUGAUGAAUGGCCUCACUGAAUCACAAUUCAAUUCAAUUUGGAAAAAAGUUUCAGAUAUUCUUCUGCGUCUUGGGAUGAAGCAAGAGGAAAUUGACAAAGUGAAAGAGAAUCCCAUUGAGAAUAUCUCCCUUGAUUACCAUCAGCUGUCCAUCUACCUAGGUAUACCUGUACCAGAAAUCAUCCAGAGGAUGUUAUCCUGCUAUCAGCAAGGAAUUGCUCUGCAUUCAAUAACAGGAUGUCAUUGUGUUGAAAUAGAAGAGCUACAAAAUGAGGAUGGACAACUGAGUCUGCCUUGCAUGGAAUAUGAUAUCAACAUGAGUUCAAGCCCUGAAGUACAGUUAGCAGAAAUGAACAAAGACGUGGCAUCAAUGCCCAGUGAAUCUGCAACCGCAUCUACUAAAGAGCUCCAAGAAGUUAGGAGUAAACCAAGGAAAAAGAAAAGGACUAAGAGUAAAAAGAACCAGGAGUCGAAUGGCGAGCAAGUUUCACAUAUGGUAGGGGAGGAAGAGCAGGUGAAGAAAAGACAAGGAAGUCCACCCACAGUCAGAUUUAUGAAUGAUGAUUCAAGUGAUGCUCAGGAAGAUUCUGCCACCGAAGACAAGAUCUAUAGCCUGGAUGAACUGCACAUUCUGGACAUGAUCGAGCAGGGCUCAACCAGCAAGGUAACUGCAGAUUAUAGAGAACCUGACCAGGGAAGACGCGCUCUGCAAAGGCAGAUUUAUACACUGCACUGUCAGUGUGAAGAUUUCAAAAAACAGUUGAAAACAGUGUCGUUUCACUGGCAAGAAAACCAAAUUCAGAUUAAAAAGAAAGAUAAAAUCAUUUCAUCUCUUAACCAGCAAGUGGCUUUUGGAAUCAAUAAGGUUUCCAAAUUACAGCGUCAAAUCCAUGCUAAAGAUAAUGAAAUCAAGAACCUUAAAGAGCAACUUUCCACGAGAAGAUCCCAGUGGGAGGUGGAGAAGCAUAAUUUGGAAAGCACAAUGAAAACAUACCUGAACAAACUGAACGCGGAAACCAGCAGAGCCAUCACCGCCGAGGUGUAUUUCUUGCAGUGCCGUCGGGAUUUUGCUUUGCUUCAUCUAGAGCAGACGGAGAAGGAGUGUCUCGGCCAGCUUUCCAGGGUGACGCACAUGGCGGCAAGCAACCUGGAAUCACUCCAAUUAAAGGCUGCAGUGGAUAGUUGGAAUGCCAUUGUGAUUGAUGUUAGAAACAAGAUUGCAUUCCUCAAGACUCAGUACAAUGAACAGAUUAACAAGGUGAAGCAAGGAUUUGCCUUGAGCACUCUGCCUCCAGUACAGCUUCCGCCACCGCCACCCCACCCGGACAUACUGAUGCAGCGAUUCUUAGGAAGACCCCUUGUGAAAGAAGCCCACUUUAGACCUAUACUCACGGUUCCCCCCAUGCCUGCAGUUUGCUCUGGAGUCAUCGCUGCACCUGCUGCACCGAGAGCCCCCCUGAUGACUGGCAUCGCCUGGGCUGUGCCGGCCCCUGUGCGGGAGGCUCUGUCUCCCGGUGCAGUUCUGGGGAGUGACCGUACCACAGUGAAUUGGGAGAGGCUUGUGGACAGACUGAAAACUGCCUUUCCACAGCAGUCCAGAAAAGAGCUCACAGAUCUAUUACAAAAAGUGAAGGAUGCUAAUGGGAAGUCGUUCUCUGCGCUGACAUUUGAUGAAGUUGUUUGCAAGAUUUGCCAGCUCAUUGAACCCGAAAGAUCUCAGACUCAAGAUGAAUCAGCACUGAGUGGGAAUUGUGAUUCACCCAGAUAUUCACCACAGCCAAAUGCUGCCCAGUCCCCAAAACCAGCCUGGGGGACCCUCAGCUCACAAGGUUCUGACACAUGGGAAGGGGCCAAUAAUUUGGAUGAAGAUGAAGACGAAGAGGAACCUUGUGUGAUCUGUCAUGAGAAUCUCUCUGCAGAAAACCUCUCUGUUUUACCCUGUGCUCACAAGUUCCAUGCUCAAUGCAUUCAACCGUGGCUGAUACAGCAGGGGACAUGCCCAACCUGCAGACUCCAUGUCUUCCUGCCAGAAGAAUUCCCUGGUCCCUCCGGCCGGCAGUUAUCCAAGAUCUGAUCCAAAGGGGUGACUGUGCUAAGCAAGUUCAGUUCAGAUGCCAACAUUUCUUUCUUUCAGUAUGAGUCGAUAGUGUGAGUGGUGUGCAGCAUGCUCUUCAGAGCUGUGCAAAGGAAGCAAGUUAAUUCUAUCAAACUUGCAGACAUAAAGCGUAGUAUAGAUCUCCAGGCUUAUCAACUGAACUGUGCCGACUUAACUAGACUAGAAUUUUAAGUUAUAGAAUGUUUGUUCCUAUCUCAGUGGGUGUUUUCUUCCAAUGUAAACAUAAGUGUGAGAGUACCUCGUAGAAGUAUUUCCUUCUCCUUUAUACUAUGCCACUCACUCUUUGAUACUCUGCAAGUAUACUGCAUUUCAAUGUUCGCAAAGAAAUUUGAGCAAGGAAAAAAAAAUGAGCAAGAAUUACAAUGCUAGCGUGGAGCACUCCCUUUAACUUUUAAAACUACUUACUACAAAGUUCAACUAAUAGAAUAUUAUCUGUUUGUUUGUUUGUUUUUCCCCAUUUCCUUUCUGUGUUCUAAAAAGACACCCAAGUAGAGAUCAAGAGCUAUUUAAGGUUGGGGCCUUUGAAUGUGAUGUUGGAGCUGGCUAGUAUUUGGUUUGUGAGAGAUUACUUGUAAGGAUUCAGAAAGCUUGCUAGUCGGUUGUCAAAUCAUUCAGAACUUAAAAAUCUUCUGUCAUGGAAGUAUUCACACUAUAGAAAUUGGUAAAUGUGAUAAAUAAUAGUUCCUCUCCUGUGAACCUGGAGCCUUGGGGUGUAGUGGAUCCUGUGAGGUCAGCAGUUUGAAACCACUGGCCUCUCUACAGGAGAAAGGUGAGGCUUUCUACUCCAGAA